CACUUCUGCGACAUAAUCUUCAGUGCAGACUCCAACCAGUGCAGAUACUCCUAACAACAAAACACGCGCUCAUACUCGUUUACCGAGAACGCAUAUCGGUGGCGGGAGAUGUUGGAUGGAGCUCAAAAGGAUAUUUUUGUUUUGGCAGUGUAGUUUGUCUAAAUAAAGAACACCGCAGAAAGAGUUGUGACAAUAAACGCGAUUCAUUGUGGACGACAACGCGAAGAUGGAAGAUUUCGGGGUAUAUGCUGUUUUUGGAGUACACGGUCCUCCUCAACGGCUUGUGAGCGCUGAAGGUUCGUGCAGGGUGUCUGUCGCAGUUCCCCCGAGUGUCCGCCAGGUGGUGCUGUUCAGCAGCGGGCCGUGGGGGGCGCGGAUCUGCGUCAACGCGGAGCUCAACGAUGCAGACCGCUUCCCCAUCACGAUCGGAAAACUGACUCCUUACAACAAGUGCCUGUCGUGGGAGCAGUGGGAAGAGGAGAGCUGGACGGACAGCGUCACAUUGAGUGUGACUCUGGAAGGAGGAAACCUGGUAAAAGAAGAUUGGUCAAAGCCAGAGCACCUGUCUGUGAAGGAAUACACACCAAAGGACACGGUGGCUCCCCUCGCCGCCCGGGAGCUCAACGGCAAGAGGAAGAGAGAGCGAGCGCCAGAGGAAGACGCUGGCGGGAAUAAGACGACCGGUCGCGGGGAAGAAGAAGAAGAAGAAGAGAACGUGUGUCCCAAUGGCGCCGCGGAGAAGACCACGCCCGUGCGAAAGGUCAGAGGUCAAACCAAAGGGAGCCAGAAGCUGUUCACGACUGCAGCGGAUGCAAAGAAGACAAAGAGAACGGCUAAUGGAGCGGGUGAGGCACAGGGCAUUGUGGGAAAAACGCCUCCUCAGAGUGCUGCCCGGACGAAGAGUCGACCGACUCCCACACAAACCGCCCCAUUGGUCAGCCCGUCGGGCCGCUGGGGUCCAACCCUGUGUCCCAUUGAUGCACAGACAGCCAUCCUGAUCGGGGGUCAGGGAUCUCGGAUGCAGUUCUGCAAAGAUCCCAUGUGGAAGCUCUGCACAGAGGACAUGUCCUGGUUCGCGGCGGAGACUCUGGCGGAGGGCCCGACGCCCGAGGCCAGGAUCGGCCACACAGCUGUGUACGACCCGGACUCGAGGCGGAUCUUUGUGUUCGGAGGCUCAAAGAACAAGAAGUGGUUCAACGACGUUCACAUCCUGGACACACAGAGCUGGAAGUGGACCAUGGUGGAGGCUCAAGGGAAGGUUCCUUCUCUGGCCUACCACAGCUGCAGCAUGUUCCGGGGCGAGCUGUUUGUGCUGGGAGGAGUGUUUCCGCGUCCGAACCCAGAGCCCGACGGCUGCAGCGGCUCGCUGUACAUCUUCGACCCCAACCUCUCCAUCUGGUACCAGCCCAUCGUAACGGGCAACGCGCCCUCCCCACGCUCAGGACACUCUGCAUGUGUGAUGCAGGAGAGGAAGAUCUAUGUGUUCGGUGGGUGGGACACUCCGGUCUGCUACAACGACAUGUACACGUUGGACCUCGGUCUGAUGGAGUUUUCUGCUGUGAAAACAACUGGGAAGGCCCCCUCUCCUCGAAGUUGGCACGGCAGUGCUGUGCUCUCAGACACAAAGUUCCUGAUCCACGGAGGCUACAACGGGAGUAACGCUCUCAGCGACACGUUCAUCUUUGACAUCGACACCAACUGCUGGACGGAGGUGACUCUCCCUCAGCUGUCCGUCCCCAGGGCGGGCCACGCCAUCAUCACCAUGGACACGGCCAGGCGCCGCCGUUUCUCUGGGGACGCGGCGAUGGACGUGAGCUCUGUCAGAAGAACCCUGCUGGUGUUCGGGGGCGGAGACAACGAGGGCAACUUCUACUCCGACCUGACGACUGUUGCCGUGGACGACCUGCCCAGUGCUACUUAAAGAGAGCGAGUCAGAGGUGGAUCCUCACUCCUCAUUAUGAAGCUUUUUUUAAUGCCCCCCACAGAUUUUUAUUAUUAUUUAUAUUCUUACGGUUUGACGGCUCUUUUUGUUAACGUUUUAUGGUGUGAGCCAUCUUUUAAUUCUACUAGGAUUUUAUAAAGGUGUGGGUUUAUUUGGAGGAUUUUCUUUGACACACAUGUGACAACGAGACUACUUGUCUAUGUUGUGCAUGACAGGAAUACUGGAGGUAAUUUUUAAGCAAACUUCAAGGAAACGUUAAUCCUCGUUCUCUCCCUGUGGUUCCAUGUUAAUAACCACAAUGUUCAUGGUGUAAGACAUCAAACAUUUGGAUUAUUUUAGUCACCAAGGACACUACUGAUUUAUGUACAUAGUUUAUCAAAUUCUUCCUCACUUAUCUGAUAUUUGGAAUGUGUUGCCUUCGGAUGUCUGAAUUUGCUGAGCAUAACUGAGUGAUAUGCUCAGAAUCACGUAAUUGUCAUUUUCAAAUUCAUCUUCCCAUGCUGGUCAUUUGCACUUGGCUUCUGUCUUUACUCAAUAAAUAUUUUGAUUUUC